AUGAUAUCUAUAGGUGGUAUUGGAGGAAUAAUAGUAGGAAAUAUUAUUAUUACUAAUAUGCAACAGUUUUGUGGAUAUUAUAUUCAGCAUAAUUAUCCAUAUGAUGAUUAUGAUAUAAAGACAAAUUUAGAUGACGCUAUUUCUAGUUGCUCAAAAUUAGAAAUUAAUGGCUAUUCAACUGAUGAAGUAGUUAAGUAAUUAAGUAUAAUAUUUAUAAUAAAAUCUUUUAAAACUUAUGAUUUUGGAACUGGAGCUAAUUGCCUAUCCCUUGAUUCUUUAGUAGUUGAGAAUUGGAGCAGUUUAUAUACAAACUAAAUAGUAAGUUUAGCACUUUUAGGCGUGUAUUAUUUGGCUAACAUUGUCUUUACAGCAUUAAUUCACAAAAAAUUAAAAGAAAUUACAAAUUAAAAUGGGUUUUUACAAAAUAAUUAUUGA